AUCAUGGCGACGUCUGCUAGUCUCUCUCAAACGCUCAAAGCUCAGAAGUCUGAAUCUCCCAAAGCUCCUCGCACGCUGUCACAUAUGAACGAUGGUCUGCCUGUCUUGACGCGGAAGAUUCUGGACGACAUCAACAGCGACAUGGCACAAGAAUUGAAAUACUUCAUUGAGAAGGUUAAUGGAGAUAAUCUCGGAUGGGAACCAGACAUGGAGGACGUUGCCCGUGUCUUACGCAGCGCUGCCGCAGUGCUCAUAUCCAUAGGGCAUGCCGACACUGUGCAAGAUAUAUGGUGCAAGCCAAUUGCUACUCGGGGCUAUAAGGACGAAUUUGAUUUUCUCGGCAAGCAAGGUCAUUGGUAUGAUAUGUGCCGUACGAGUUGUGUGGGCUGCGCCUCAACUGGGAACUGGGAGGAACUGAUGUCACAUUCACUUCUACGAAAGACUCUAGUGCAUAUGGACGAUAAUUUGCCGGAAUCAGAGACACUUGCCGUAAUGAGUGCAUGGCAUCAGCCUUAUCACGGACAAGCCCACGAGGCUCUCUGGGAUCAUAUGCAUACUCACUGCGAGCCGAAUGCGUUCACUCGCUACGCUCAUCAUAUAGUGAUAGUGCAGUCAAAUGGGACGGGCAAAUCUAGGAUGAUAGAUGAGCUCGCAAAGAAGCACUUCGUAAUCCCGAUAAACACUAGGAGUACCAUGAGCGCAGAACAUGGACGGCACGGUCUUGCGCAUCCUCCGCCAGACGGAGCAGUCCUCACGUGGCUGACUGCACAGUCCGAAUCAAGAGAGAACACACAUCAGAGAUGCUGUGCUUUCAUACAGGCCUUGUUCGAACACAUACUCUACAUCAUUGACAAUGACCUCGCUGCUCAGAGUGCUCAAGGCAUUCCCAAUCUUUCUUCUGCAUUCCGUGAUAAGAUGCAAGAAGGAAUGCAAUACGGCAAUUAUGGAGGAUACCAUGUGAGAUUCUUCCAAGAUGUUAUCUCGCGUGCUACGGACAAUCUCAAAACCAACCACUAUGAAUAUUCUAGUCCCAGUAGUAAUGCUCUGGUGAUUGCUCAUCGGACAACAAGUCAAUCUCAUGGCGAGAGCUCUGAAGACUGGCUGUUCCCGCCGGAAAUUCCGUGCCACAAACUCAUGGAACGAUUGAGCAGUAUUGCCACAUCUCGUGGUGCCGGCUCCCGAACUCGCCAUGCAGUUGAUGCACAUUAUCCUUUACUGACCUUGGCAUUUGACGAGGCACAUACCCUCACUAACAUAGAAGUGAGCAAUCAAGAUAUCCGAGUCAAACCAGUUGAGACCAGAAAAUGGUCCGUGUUCAGCGAGAUACGUUCAGUCUUGCGCAGUCUUAAGAGACAGCCCGUCUUUGCUGUGUUCAUGGCAACCACUGGUGAUGUUGGAAAGCUCGCAACCUCUCGGAUGCAAGACCCAUCAAGUCGCAUCCUCCAGGGAGCGCUGUCUCAAAUCCCUUCGUUCAGUGACCUUGGACUUGAUCAGCUUGCACGGAAGAUCUCUCUUGAAGAUGGCUUCGAUCUCUCCGAGGUCACCAGCAACGAGUAUAUGUCUCAUCUCGGCCGCCCAUUGUGAGCAAAUGUCUGUGUACUAGUGUAACGGAUAUUCCCGUUACGGUAUAUCUUAUCUUGUACGCUUGUUCAUGUUUGUUCGAGGGCUCGUAUGGCGCGCCAGCGCACC